AUGUUCGGAUUCGGUAACCACGAAGAGGCUGCUGACUUUGUCUACAACCAGGACCCGCGCGAGCAUGAAUCCAAGUUCUCGCACGAAGCCGUCGGAUUUGGUGCUGGCUUCGUCGCAAUGCGCGAGUACGAGAAGCGCCAGGAGGCCAAGGGCGAGCACCCCAAGCACGAGAUGGCCAAGGAGAUCCUCGCAGGUAUCGCCGGUGCCGAAGUCGACAAGCUUUUCGAGACCAAGGGACUCGACUUCCUCGACCGCGAACAGGCUAAGCGUCACGCUCGUCAACAGGCUGAACAGCUCUACGACCAGCAGUACGCCAACUAA